AUGGCACCUGAUCUUGUUGGUUACGGGAAGACAUCUCGAUCUGUGAAUCUUGAUGACUAUCGACUGCAUGCAAUCAGUCAAGACGUGGUCGAUAUUCUGGACCAUGAAAUAUCAGAUCCUGUCUUUGGUGUUGGCCAUGACUGGGGAGUGACACUUCUCUCACGUAUGGAAUUCCACCACCCGCAGCGCUUUGCAAAAUUGGCAUUCCUAACCAUCGGAUGCAGCCCCUUGGGGCAGCGCUUUGAUCUUGACACGGUCAACGGCAUUCGCGACCCGAAUGCAGUCGAAAUCAUCAACAGCCAUUCUGAGUCGAUGAUGUCCAUCAUGUAUGCUCAAGAUCCGUCUUUGUGGAAGGCCCAUUUUGGUAGCAUUGGGAGGCUCAAGGAGUGGCUUCUGCACGACCAGCGCACCGCCAUCGGGAGCUGGUGCGAGGAAAAGGACCGUGCCAUUCACAAGGAAGCUUUCACGGCAGAUGGCGGCUAUGCUGCACCAUUACUGUGGUAUCAUGGGUUGGUGAACAACAUCUCUGUUGCUGAUGAGUGUGCACACGCCUGUGAAGGAUACCAGCACCGGAAGCCCUUGCUGAUGCUUGUGGCAAGCAAUGACCCAAUUGCCAUCCCAGGAGCGCAGCUGGAUAUGACCCGUCAAUACGCUCCAGACUUGGCAGUGAAAGAGCCCCCGCCUGGUCACUGGGUGAUGCUAGAGGCAAAAGACGCAGUCAACAAAGAGCUACGCGACUUUUUCGAGAAGUUUGCAUGA